GUCAAAAUGGGUGGACGCAUGUUUUUAAUUUUUUUAUCAGAGGCGGCACGGCAGAUAGAGAUCUGGAUUUCACUUUAAUGUAUUUACAAAAUAGCCAUUGGAGAUGGCGCCCUUUCAUAUCGAACGAAAAUGAGCGAUCUGAAAUCCAAGUUCUUGGAAGUCUAUUCAACGCUCAAAUCACAGCUAUUAAAUGACCCUGCUUUUGAAUUCACUGAUGAUUCUCGCCAAUGGCUCGACCGUAUGCUGGAUUACAAUGUACCUAGAGGAAAGUUAUACCGAGGACUGGCUGUCAUUGAUUGCUACAAGUCACUUAAGGAAGGAAAAGAACUGACUAAUGAUGAAAUGCUUCUUGCUUGCGUGCUUGGUUGGUGCAUCGAAUGGCUUCAAGCAUGUGCAGUGGUGCUUGACGACAUUAUGGACAACUCUCAUACACGCCGUGGUCAACCUUGUUGGUACAUGCUACCAAAGGUUGGUUUUAUCGCUAUAAAUGAUGGAAUAAUACUCCCCAAUCAAGUCCGCAGAAUUCUGAAGAUGUAUUUCAGAGAAAAGCCUUAUUAUGUGCAUCUGCUGGAAUUAUUUCAUGAGGUGGAAUUCCAAUCAGUCUGUGGAGAAAUGAUAGAUUUAAUUAGCACACAUAAAGGUGAACAGGAUCUAUCCAACUACUCAUUGUCACUUUAUCAUCGCAUAGUUGAGUACAAAAGUGCUUAUUAUUCCAUUUACCUUCCGGUUGCAUGCUCAUUGCUUAUGGCAGGUGAGAAUCUUGAGAGCCAUGCCGAAGCAAAGAAGAUCCUUAUUGAAAUUACUAUCUAUUUUCAAGUCCAGGAUGAUUAUCAAGAUUGUUUUGGAGACCCAGAAAUAACUGGUAAGGUUGGAACAGAUAUUGAGGAUUGCAAGUGCACUUGGUUUGUUGUUAAAGCACUAGAACUUGCUAAUGAGGAACAAAAGAAACUAUUAUAUGAAAACUAUGGGAAAACAGAUCCAGGCUGUGUCGCAAAAGUGAAAGAACUUUAUAGAAUUCUUGAUCUUCAGGGUAUAUAUGCAGAAUAUGAGAGGAAAACUUAUGACAAGCUUGCAAAGGCCAUUGAAACUCAUCCAAACAAAGCGCUGCAGGCUUUGUGGAGGAGAUUCGUCAGAACUAGAUGGACAGUUGACAGAGCACAAAAUGCUCCCCGAAACAGUUGAGAACUGAUACGUAUGAUAUUCGAUUGCACUUGAAUCCAAAUGAUUUCUGGGAUUUUGCAGUUAAGUCAUAAGUUUUUUGAACAUUAGAAUGGGAAAUGAAACUUUGGGUAAGGUCAUCAGAUACACGCUAGAUGAACUUUGAAGAGUUUCCACAAUAUAUCAUUUGUUUAAAUUUCAUUGGACUUCUGGUUCUAUAUAAUUUAAUUAGUUUAAUUCUUGAACUUUGAGGCAACUUCUUCUUGGUUUCUGUAAAAUCUGAACGGUUAACCGCUUUAUGAAAUUUGGCGCCAUUUAUCUAUUUUGA